GUUUUUUUUUUUUACUCUUGAGUAAUUUCCUGGACGUCUACGUUUUGCUUUUACUUGAGUAAAAUCUUUGGACAGAUUUGGGCGAGACCUGCAUUUAUUUUUGCAAACUUUGGUUUCAGCUUCAGAAAUAUCUGCAGGAGUUUCCUCAGAGCUGUGAGAGUUUUACAUUUCAACUGAUUCUGCUGGAGGUUUAAAAUGAAUGUUUCUCAUUAAAUAUAUUUGAGGAGCUUUUUUGGUUUAUCUUUUUGUCAUCUUAAUGUGCAUGAAGCCAUCAGUUUUGCUGUACAAAGUGGGUAAUGAUAUAAAUAAAAGGAAGACCAAAACUGUCUCAACAUCACAAAACAAAAACAAUCGUUAUAGCAACGUCUGAUGAAAACAAGAUGGCAGCGUUAACGACUAGAGUGAAUAUCUUUUGUAAAUCAGAGGCACCAAGCAUAACAUGACUCUUAGGAAAUACUGUAUAUAAGCAGUGAAUGUAGCUUUCAGUUAAAGGUGCCAUGUUUGGCUAAUGAGUCAGGAAUCAAAUAAACCGGUUGGUACUGUCCUUAAAUUUUCUAUUUGCUGCUUUUAAGAGGCUUUGUGGGUAAACUGCGUCAUUUUUAUGGAGUUAUUAAUCUCUUCUGUAUCGAUUUUUGCAUGAGAGGUCCUCAGAGGUUACACUGCAAAAACAUAAAACCUUACCAAGUUUGUUUUGUUUUUGUCUGUAUUUCUAGUGCAAAUAUCUUGGUACCCUUGAAAAAGGACAAAACUAACGUACAAGAAACUGUUCAGCAAAAUACAAGAGCUUGUUGUGAAGACCAAAUGGAGCAGAAAGAAGAUCAGCUGGGCAGAGAAAGCUUCUCCUGUUCGAUCUGUCUGGAUCUAUUCAGGGAUCCAGUGAUUAUUCCCUGUGGACACAGCUACUGUAUGAACUGUAUUAAAAAUCUCUGGGACCAAGAGGAUCAGAGAGGAAUCCACAGCUGCCCUCAGUGCAGGAAGACCUUCACACCGAGACCUGAUCUUGGGAAGAACAUCUUGUUAGCAGCUUUAGUGGAGCAGCUGAAGAAGACUGGACUCCAAGCUGCUGCUGAUCACCGUUAUACUGGACCUGAAGAUGUGGCCUGUGAUUUCUGUACUGGAAGAAAACUGAAAGCCAUCAAGUCCUGUUUAGUCUGUCUGGCCUCUUACUGUGAGAAACACCUUCAGCCUCAUUAUGAUUCAGCUACUUUUAAGAAACACAAGCUGGUGGAGCCGUCCAAGAACCUCCAGGAGAACAUCUGCUCUAAGCAUGAUGAGGUGAUGAAGAUGUUCUGCCGCACUGAUCAGAAGUGUAUUUGUUAUCUCUGCUCUGUGGAUGAACAUAAAGGUCAUGACACAGUGUCAGCUGCAGCAGAAAGGACUGAGAGGCAGAGAGAGCUGGAGGAGAGACGAGGAAACAUCCAGCAGAGAAUCCAGGACAGAGAGAAAGAUGUGAAGCUGCUUCAACAGGAGGUGGAGGCCAUCAAUCACUCUGCUGAUAAAACAGUGGAGGACAGUGAGAAGAUCUUCACUGAGCUGAUCCGUCUCCUCCAGAAAAGAAACUCUGAUGUGAAGCAGCAGAUCAGAUCCCAGCAGGAAACUGAAGUGAGUCGAGUCAAAGAUGUUCAGGAGAAGCUGGAGCAGGAGAUCACUGAGCUGAAGAGGAAAGACGCUGAGCUGGAGCAGCUCUCACACACAGAGGAUCACAACCAGUUUCUCCUCAACUAUCCCUCACUGGCAGCACUCAGUGAGUCUACACACUCAUCCAGCAUCAACAUCCGUCCUCUGAGACACUUUGAGGACGUGACAGCAGCUGUGUCAGAGCUCAGAGAGAAACUACAGGACAUCCUGAGAGACUCAUGGACAAACAUCUCACUGAUGGUCACUGGGGUGGGUGUUUUACUGCCAGAACCAGAACCAAAGAGCAGAGAUGAUUUCUUAAAAUAUUCACGUGAAAUCACACUGGAUUCAAACACAGCACAAAGAUACCUGAUUCUAUCAGAAAACAACAGGAAGGCAACCGUGGUGGAUCAACCUCAGUCUUAUUCCAGUCACCCAGACAGAUUCACUGAUUACUGUCAGGUUCUGAGUAGAGAGACUCUGACUGGACGUUGUUACUGGGAGGUGGAGUGGAGCGAGACACAUGUUUACAUAGCAGUCUCAUACCAGAACAUCAUCAGAGCAGGCAAGGGGUGUGAGUGUAAUUUUGCACGUAAUGACAGAUCUUGGGCCUUAGAUUGUUCUCAAAAUGGUUUUACCUUUUGGCACAACAACAUCUCAACCUCCAUCUCAGGUCCAGUUUCCUCCAGAGUCGGAGUGUACCUGGAUCACAGAGCAGGUAUUCUGUCCUUCUACAGCGUCUCUAAAUCCAUGACUCUGAUCCACAGAGUCCAGACCAGAUUCACUGAGCCGCUGCUGGCUGGCUUUAGGUUUUAUUACAGUGGACACAGAGCAGAGUUCUGCAAGCUUAGAAAGAAUGAACUCUAGGUUCAGACUCUUGUCUUGAAUUUCUAUUCUCUGACUUUUUUAUUCAUUCUUGGUGUAGUAUCUCUUACCUGUGACCUUUUUCACUGAAAUAGUUUAUCAUCAUUAUAAGUAGUUGAAGAAGUGAAACCAGCUCUGUCCUGUUUUGAUCAAAUUCGAGAUGCUGUUGCUGCUCAGCUGCUCAUUCUGCUGUUUGUGGGCUUAAUGUUGGCGCACAAGACGUAACCGACAGAACCCGGUUAAAGGAUUUUCAAAAUAAAAGAUCCUCUAGACUCAACACAUAAAACGGAAGUAUUUAAUUAUUUCUUGGGCGGCUCAGUACCAAUUGGUCCACGGACCGGUAUCAGUCCACGGCCCGGGGGUGGGGACCACUUCUUUAAACUA